UUCUCCAGCACCUAGACUGGAGCAGUAUUAGCAUUAUCUGCUAACCAUGCUAAACGCUAGCUCUUUUCCAGUUCAGAUGCGAGUAUAUUCCUGUAGCCUGCUGCUAACCCCGGGUAGGACAACUGGAGCAGUAUUAGCAUUGUACACGAAGUGCUAGCUCUUUUGCCGUUCAGAGGGAUGAAGUUCAUGUAUACAGCACUGCUCCUUCUCUACAACUUCACACCAUCCAGAUCAGAGGAUAUUAAGGUGGUUGGUCCAUCUUUUCCUCUAACUGCUGCUGUUGGAGAAGACCUCAUUCUGCCCUGUUCCCUCCAGCCCAAUAUCAGCGCUGUGGAUAUGACAGUGGAGUGGCUCAGACUAGAUCAGAAAGAUUCUAUAGUGCAUCUUUACAUGGAGCACGAGGACAGAAGUAAAGAGCAGGCUGUGUCUUACAGAGGAAGAACACAACUCUUCAAAGAGGAGCUACAGAAAGGCAACACUUCCCUCAAACUCUCCACAGUUCACGUCUCUGAUACAGGAAAAUACAAAUGUGUAGUUAGAUCUAAGUCAUCAUACCGGUCCUGGUAUGAUGACAUAACUCUUGAUGUUUUAAUUCAAGGUACGGGGACAGAUCCGGUGAUAACAGUGGAGCAGCUUGGUGUCUCAGGAGGAAUCAGUUUAAUGUGUGAAUCUAAAGGCUGGAACCCUGAACCAGAAAUUCUGUGGCUUAACAGUGAAGGAGCCGCUCUGAAUGCUGAAGCUACAGAGACAGAGAGACACUCUGAGGGCAUUACUGUGAAACGCAGAGUCACUGUUUACAAAACAAACUCCAACAGAUUCUACUGCAGAGUUAAACAGGAACAUCACAUGAAGCAGACAGAGAUUAUCAUUUCUGGUGAAAGUUUCAUAGGAUGGUGGAUCAGCCUCAUCUUAAACUUUCUUUUAUCAUCAUUAAUGCUUAUCGGAAUCAUUGUAAUACUUAUUCAUAAUAAGAGAAAAGGUCAGCCAUGUUACAAAGAGGAUGGAAAUCCUCAAGUAACAGUCAGGCUGUCUCCUGAAUUGUCUGAGAGUGACCUCUCUGAUGGGUCAGAAUCUGUGUCAUCAGAUAAAGAUUCUGACCAUGCUACUGAUCUGUUGGAGCCAGACAUUGCUCCAGCCAAUCCAGCAUGGCGAGAACAAUUUGUGACGUGUCGGACGCAAGCUCAACAGUUGAAGAGACAACUGGUGUUCAAAGUGGACUUCCCAGAUUACCUGCCUUUCACCGACAUUGAACAAAUGAAACAAAUUCUUUGUUAUAAUUAUCUUCUAUUUUUUCCAGUGGAUGUGUUUAUGGACAUCAACACAGCUCAUCCCUAUCUUAACUUGUCAGAAAAUAGAAAGCAGGUGAAAUAUGGAAAGAAACGAGAAAACUUCUCUGAUCAGCAACAGGCUUUUGAUGACUGUGUUUUUAUUCUGGGAACAGAGGGGUUCCAACGCUCGUUUUACUUCGAGGUGCAGGUCAGGGGGAAGACUGACUGGACUGUAGGAGUGGCCAGAGAGACAAUUAAGAAAAAUGGGGAUAUUACACUGAAUCCUGGGUUUGGAUUCUGGACUUUGAGUAAGGGGAACUAUAUGUAUGUCCCCAGUGUCAGUGUCUCAAAAAGCCAUAACCCUCAAAAUGUGGGAGUGUUUGUGGAUUAUAAAGACGGAAUGGUUUAUUUUUACGAUGUAGAUGCAAACGUUCUUAUUGCUUGCUUUAAUGAUGAUGCAUUCUCAGAGAAACUCUAUCCAAUAUUUAGUCCUGGUACCAAAUGGGGAGGUAAAAAUUCUGCUCCUCUGAUCAUUAAUGAACCCACGCAAUUCUGUGACACUGAACACAGUGAAAACCAGGAAACUGAAUUAGUUCUUUGUUCAGAUUAGCUGUGCCAGUCCUGUACACAUAGGCUAGGUUCAGACUGCCAGUCCAAAUCAGAUCUAGAUUAUAUCAAUUGUAUCCUGCUUUUGUCAGACUGGACCAAAUUAAAAAAACAAAUUAAAUCUGAUAUUUCUUUUUAACUUCAAACCACAUUUAGAGGUGGUUUGAAACAGUAAUUUUUAGGUCAUGAACGAUUCGGCUCCAAGAAUGACGGGAGCCGUCUCCUGAUUGUAAGACGAUUUUUUUGUUUCUGUUAAAGUCACGCAUGAUUGGUUAAGAUGUGUCGUGGUGGCUGGAUGUUACUUUUACUUUUAUUUUGAAAAUUUUUAUUCAUAUUUUACCAAGUGAUAUUUUGUGUUGUUUCCAUGUACAAAUUUACAAAUAAUAUACACAAUCACAGAUUAACACUUU